GUGGCUCCGCCUCCUCUGCUGUGGAUCACAUGACCUGUCUCUGUUGGACUGAUCAGACAUGAUGAUGAUGCAGGAGACUCAGGAUCGUCUGCAGCUCAUCACAGAGAAGAAGAAGCUGCAGACAGAAGUGGAGAACAAGAGACGUCAACUGGAGGACGACAGGAGAACACUGCAAUACCUGAAGUCUAAGACUCUGAGGGAGCGAUGGCUGCUGGAUGGAGCACCCUCUGCUGGACCAGACCAGAACCAGGACCAGGUCCAGAGACAAGUAGAGCAGGACGAGGCCAAGACCAGGAGCCUGGAAGAGACUAUCAGCAGGUUGGAGCAGGAACUGGUCAGUCUGGAAAUUGAAGAUGAGUGUCAGACCAUAACACUUCCAGUGGCCACAGGAUCAGUCAAAGCUACAGAGGUCAGAGGUCAAGGAGCUCCACAUCCCAUUGUCCACGAGGUUAAAGUUCACACAAGUCCUCAGAUCAACACACCAAGAGAAUCGAUGGAGAUGAAGAGAGCGGUGUACUCGGUGGAAAUUACCGUAGAGCGAGACAGACUGACGGGAGAAACCCGGGUUCUGUCCACUAACACUACACUUCCUGUUGACCUUUCUCAACAAGGGAUCAAAGUUUAUGAGGACGAGCAGAAAGUGGUCCAUGAAGUGAACGGUGAAGACGGCGUCCACCUGCUCAGCUGCUCCGAGGUCGAUGAGCUCAUCCACAAGGCUGAUGAAGCCUCCAUGAUGUCGCAGACUGUUGCUACGGUAACCUCACUCUCAACGGCAGAAUUCCAGGAGGAGGCGGGGCCUGAGCUUCAGCGGUCGCAGUCUCAGGUCGCGGUGGAGAUCGUGGGACUUGAGGCUAAACCUUCCACCGAGCUUGACGUGUCUGAGGCCAGCGCCGAGAAACCGGUCACCAUGGUGUUCAUGGGAUACCAGAGUGUGGAGGACGAGGCGGAGACUAAGAGGGUGCUGGGGCUACAAGGCACAGUGACGGCCGAGCUGGUUGUCAUUAACGACGCCAACGGCAAAAUGUCCCCAGGAGGACGAGUGGAGGAAGAGGCUUGCAGCAGAGCGCAGACAGAAGCUCUGCCUCCUCUCACCUCCUCUGCCUCUUCUGACUCACCACCAAGGGCCAAACCUCCGGCGGCCAUGAUGGCAAGCAAUGGGGAGACAGCGACGAGGGAGGCGGAGUGUGAGGCGGGGGGAGUGGUGGAAGUGAAGAAGAAGAAACAGCCGUGCAUGUGCUGCAGCAUCAUGUGAUUCUGAAGGGGGCGUCACUUCACCGUAUAAUAAAAUAAAUCAUAUAACAAUAAAAAGAGACAUGAACUGAGCUCCACCCACUGCCCUCAAGCCUGCCUCUAACAUCAUGAUGUAAUUUCCUGCUUUCUGACACUGGACUGCAUAUAUUUUAUAAAACCAGUUUGACUUUGUUCUGUUAGCAUCAGUGUUAACAUGAGUGUUAGCAUCCAUGUUAGCACUAGUGUUAGCAUCCUUGUUAGCAUCAGAAUUAGUAUUAGCGUCAGCAAUAAUGAUGACACUUAAAUGUACUUAUUUAUGAUUAUCAGUAUGAACGUUAGUAUCAGUGUUAUGCAUUAGCAUUAGCAUCAGUGCUUUAACUGUCUGUAUCUGCCGCUGUUUUAUAAAAUAAAGUGAGGAAACAAACAAAA